AUGGCUCCUGCGCUCGUCGAGAACCUCAAUGAGGACAGUGUUGUCAGCGGCAAGGCUACGGCCAUUAAGCCGACGACCACGGUUACGGAGCCGACAGACGGACCGGUACCGACGGCAGUUGAGGUUGUUAUCACAGCCGAAGAGCGGGCAUCUGGGGUCAUGUCCAAGCAGAAUAUUGAGAAGGCAAUCGUUGCACUCAAUACUGAUGGAGUCGUUAUUCUUUCAAACGCCGUCGAUGAAGCGGCCCUAGAUCAUCUUAAUGAGCCCAUGGUCAACCAGGCAAAAUACUUGCGCAAUGCUCCAGGGACACAGUUCAACUACGACAAGAAAGCACAGAACAUUUUACAACACAUGAUUCCAGACCCUGAAUACAUACAUCCUUCUAUCCACGCCAAUCCUUUUGCUCUCGCCGUCUGCAAAGUAGCCAUGGGUCCCAACCCAGUUCUCCGAUAUCACAAGGCAAACACCAAUUUUCCUGGCAAGACUCGCCAACCUGUGCACAGCGAUGUACAUUACGCCCAUCCCCGUGCCUGCUUCUCCCUGGCUGUCAACAUUAUGCCGGUCGACUGCGACCCGUUCCUUGGUAGCACCGAGGUCUGGCUCGGCACACACACGACUACAGUAUUCAGUGAUCAAGACGGUAUGAAUGGUAUUCGUCCAGAGAAGCUGGCGGAGCGACGCAAGGUUGUGCCACCCGUGCAGCCGACUGUCAAGAAGGGCAGCAUUAUCAUCCGUGAUAUGCGUUUAUGGCACGCUGGUAUGCCGAACAACAGUGAGGACACAGUCCGUGUUAUGAUCAACCUGAUAUAUUUUGCCGAUUGGUAUCGCUGCCCUAUGAAGAUCAAGUUCCCACCUGAGUCUCGGGAAAAGAUUGAAGAGUUGGAGCGCAUCAGCGGUUCGAGCAUUGCGGCUGAGUACGUUGAGGGUCUCGAUCACUUGACACUACCACAUACACAUGACUUUGGACAAGAUGAUAAGAGGGAACACUGGGGUAGAAAUCUUGAGACACCGCUUACCAAAGGCCGUGGCUUGAAAUAA